UUAGCCCUACAUAAUAUGUCUCUAUCGCACCAUUGCUCCUUAUUGCUCCACGUUCGCUGCCGUAUUCUAUCAAGAUCAGACUCUUACAACCCAUAUAUCAACAUACUCUUCCCACUACCCUUAAUCCUCCCAAAUACAUUCCUAUCCUCCUCCAUGGGUUGUGCCACCACCACCUCGAGAAUACUUCUCGGUUGGUUAACUCUUAUGUUGGUUCAAAGCGUGGUUUCUAAUGCCGAAAAUGAGGUUAAGAGUCAUACAAUUAUGGUGAUGAAAUCGCUGUCGUUUCCUGAGUUUAGUACAUCGAUUAACCUGAGGAUUGAGCAUGAUGUUAAGCUUCUAGGAAAUGCCAAGUUCUCGAGUGAUAAACGAAGCAUACAAAUACCUGAUGUGUCGGAAACUGAUGAUCUUAGGCAUCAAGCAGGCCGUGCAAUCUACUCCUCUCCGAUUCGGGUGUUUGAUCCUACUAGCCAAAGGCCCGGUUCUUUUGAGACUACAUUCACCUUCCAACUCAAUAAUCAUACUACAUCAUCGUACGAUGAUAUUUCGGAGGAUGCUCAUGGAGGCAGUGGACUGACCUUCCUACUAGCCCCUGACGAGUUCACAGUAGGCAGACCUGGUCCGUGGCUUGGAAUGAUAAACGAUGCCUGUAACGACGACUACAAGUUCAUCGCUGUUGAGUUUGACACUCGCCAAAACCCAGAAUUUGGUGACCCAAAUGACAACCACAUCGGCAUCAAUUUAGGUAGCAUUGUUUCAAAAUCCACUAUUAAUGCAUCAGAUUAUGGCCUAUCCUUCGAUGAUGGGUCGACCCAUCUGGCUAAGAUUACCUAUGAUGGGUCAACCAAAAGGAUGGAAAUAUGGGUUGGGAAAAACUCAAAAAGUCCUUUAAGAUCAGUUUUUUCAGAUGAAAUUGAUCUUAUACCGUUUCUGAACGAGUAUAUGUUCGUGGGAUUCUCGGCUUCAACUGGAAACAGAACACAAAUACACAAUAUUUUGUCCUGGAACAUGACCUUCAAAACUCCUGCAUCUCUUCGUUACCCGACAAGCAAAACAUGUGAGAGUAAGAUUUUAGUAGGUAAAGAUCUGGCUGAGAAUAAUGGAGUGCCCAUCAGAGAAGAAAGGCCAUCUACCACAUUUUUGAUUUUCGUUUGUGUUGUAAUACUCUGUUUUGUGAUGUUCGUCAACCUUUACUGCAAUGGGAAGAGACCGAAAUCAUAUGGGGAGUCGGCAUUUUUGGUCUUACAAGAAAAGAAGCACCGGCCAACGCCACCAAAUAAGCCUCGGAGGUUUACAGGGGCCGAGUUGUCUUUAGCCACCAGGGGGUUCAGUGAUGGGGAGAUCUUGGUUAGUGAUUUAAGUGGAGUUUUGUAUAGGGGAACCUUGCCUAAUGGAUGUCAAGUGGCAGUCAAGCGAUUUUCGAUUCAGUUGUUGGGAUCUUUAAGCAUGGAUAGAAGGAAGUUUUUGAAGCGAGUCGGGUCUUUGAGUCGGGUUAGGCACCCUAGCUUGGUGCCGAUUCGCGGUUGGUGUUAUGAUACUCGGGAGUAUAUGGUGGUUUAUGAGUAUAUGUUUAAUGGUUGUGUUGAUAAGUGGUUGUUUGGCGUAGGGGUGUUACCUUGGAGUAGGCGUUUUAAGGUGGUGAAAAAUGUUGCUAAUGGGUUAUGUUAUCUUCAUUCGCGUCAGCUUGCACAUAACAAUGUGCAAGUAAGCAGCGUUUUUCUUGAUGUAAGCUUUAAGGCCUCGCUUGGCGAUUUUGGACUGAGUGAUCCAUUUGGUAUUGACCCGACAUCUAGCCGAAGUGUUGAUGUAUUCAACUUUGGAAUCUUCGUACUAGAAGUUGUGGCCGGAAGGAAGAGAUGGGUAGCUGAGACGGAUUCUAGAGGUUCAAAUUCUAGUGAGAGUGAGCAAACCAUGGACGUAAUGGACUUGGUUGAUUAUGCGUGGAUAAUGCAUGAGAAAAGUGAAAAAAUUAAGAUGGUUGAUCGGCGAAUGGGCUCAGGAGUGGAUGGCGAUCAAGCCGUUCGAGUUGUGGACAUUGCAUUGCUUUGCACCUUGCCUGAGAACAAUGGAAGGCCUAAAAUGGAGGAAAUAGUAAACUUCUUGACCACAGAUUGCAUCUUACCCGAAUUGCCACCAAAUCGACCUAUUGUAUUGUUUCCAUACAACAGUGGACCUAAUCUCUGUGGUGGCUAUGUUUGUGCUCCCUUCGGCAUGAAUUGAGAGGUAGAAAGCGAGAUAGGUCAAGUGUAAUCCGCACAAGCAUAAAUCGCACAGCUGCACAAGCACAAAUCUGCGCACCCAGGAUAAUUGAAGGUAUUCGAAAAUCAAAUGGUCUGUUGCAACUCGAAAGCACCUAGUUUCAAUGAAGUAUGAACCACAAUGGAAA